AUGACCAUCCCCAUCACCAACUUCCUCACCACCCCACCCCCACCCACCGCGCACCUCCACCCCAUCGACUUCGAACACUCCUCCCCCCCACUCCCAGAAUACAAGAACCUCUGCGCCGCAAUCAUCGACAACGCCUUCACCGAGACCGAAUGCGCCCAACUCAUCCACCUCGCCGAACGCAGCACCAUCCCCCCGUCCACCCCCACCGCAAACCCCAUCUGGGACCGCGCCCUCAUCAACAUCGGCAACGGCAAACAAGCCCUCGCAACCGACACCCGGAACUGCGGCCGCAUCAUCUAUGACGACUCCCUCAUCGCCGAGCGAAUUCUCACCCGGAUCCUCCCCUUCCUCCAACAACUCGGCAUUGAAAAAAUUGACAAUCAACCGCGGGUGACGGGCCUCGCGGGACGGAAUAAGACGUUCGAAUUGACACGGCUGAAUGAACGAUUACGAUUCCUGAGAUACGAAGGCGGGGAGUAUUUUCGUCCGCAUUGGGAUGGAAAUUAUGUGACCCCGGAUGGGAAGGAGAGGAGUUAUUAUACCGUGCAGGUUUAUUUGAAUGGGGGUGGGGAGCAGGAUUUGAAGGUGUUGGGGAGGGAGAUGAAGAGGUUGGAGGUGGAGGGGGGUGGGAAGGGGAAUUUGGAUGUACAGGGGGAGUUGUUGGGGGGUGCGACGAGCUUUUUGCCGAGGUAUGAGGAGAAAGAGAGGCAUUUGAGGGUGUUUCCGAAGAUGGGCUCCGUGUUGGUCUUUCAGCAGAGGGAUUUGUUGCAUGGGGGGGAUCCGGUGGUUAGGGGGGUGAAGUAUACAUUGAGGACGGAUGUGAUGUAUCGGUUGUGUGAGUAA